AACUUUUUGUUUCGGCAUAUAACAAACGUAUCGUUAGCCUUCUUAUUGUCACUGACAAAUUGGAUUUCAAGGCAGCUGACUGCAAUGAACAUACGUUCUCACGUUUCGCCAGCUUGCUUGACUGCGUAUUUAUGCGUAGCGGAGGCCGCUCGUGCCAUUUCAUGUCAACAGCAACGCGUAUAAAACUCACUUCGUGUCUGUAUGUAGCUAGUUGUUCGACAACCGCAGACAUAGCAACUGCACCAUGAAUACCGGAGCCUUCAUUCUUAUAUUGGCCAUGGCCGGUGUGUCCUUCGCUAACUUUGUGCCGCCUCCGCACUUGCACAAGCCGUUGGCUCCCAUCUGCUGUCCGCGUUUUGUGCCACCUGAAUGCUGCCCGUCUUAUUGCCCAGAGGAGUAUAAACCUGUCUGUGCCACUGACUGCCACCAUCUGCGGACUUUUGCCAACAUUUGUUUCAUGCAUGCUACAAACUGCCUGGAAAAUACGAGAUACCGCAAAGUCUAUGACGGAAAAUGCCCAAACAGCCACCCAAUGCUCCAGUUCCAUGAUAAAGAAAUUGAGUGGAUGUAAAAAUGAAACUUGUAACAUUUUGAAUGAAUAAAGCAUUCUAUAAAUAA